AUGGCCAAGGAACUGAGAAUUUCGCAAUCAACCAUGAAGAAUAUUUUGGAAGAUGAUCUUCGAUUGAUUCUGUGCAUAAAACAACGGGUGCACGGUUUCACCGAAAAGCAGAAGGUAGCAAGCGUCGAAAGAUGUCGGAGGCUGCACAAACGGCACGGUGAUUGUGAAAUUUUGUUUCCGGGCAAAAAAACGUUCUUGCCACAGCAUCACCACAACCAACAAAAUGAUUGGAUAUUUGCAGCUCAUCUUUGUGCCAUUCCUUGGGACGAAUUGGCUGUUCAAAGGUUUCAGAAUGUUUCCAACGUGAUGCUGGCCUUAGCCGCGGUGGCUCAGGCGCUUUCGAUCGACGAUCGCGGUCUGGAUAUCAACAUCAAUGUGGAGAAGAGCUCGAAUCUGUACCAUCACGGUAGGGUCAGUUCCUUCGAGUACGGUUUGGACGUUGUGAAGCAGGUGGACAAUCAUUUCCAGCAUAAGGUCAAGGGUGAGGAUGGUGUAACUUACGGAUGCUACGGAUUCGUCGAUCCCGAUGGCAAGCCACACCUGGUGCAUUACGUGUCCGAUUUGAAGGGCUACCGCGUUGUUCCACCGGAUCAUGCCACCAAGAUUUACAUCUCCCGCCUGGAAAAGAGCAUAAACAACGUCUAUCAAGCCUCCAUCGAAAAGGAUGUCCAAUGGAAGGAUCUAUUUUUCCCACCGGCAUGCCGGACGCUACGCGCAGAACUUGAGAAGCUGGCUCCCGUAACCACUCGUCGACCAACCACUCCACGCCCAACAACUCCACGCCCAACAACUACUGCACGCACAACAACUACUCCGCGUCCCACGACAGCCGCCCCGAUAGAACCGGAAUUCGGUGAUUCGAGCAACUUGCAUGAAGCCUUCGCACCGAAUCAGGAUUCCGGCUCGUGUUCGCGAGUAUGUGAUGCACUUCGAGUUGAGCUGCAGGAUAUUAAAUCCAAACUGAAGACUCUGAUCGAUUCACUGAGCGAUAAGAAGGAACAACGAGUUAGACCGAUCAGUGGAAAUAGCUCGUAUGCCUAUUUCCCGGUUCUGCUGAGUGAUAGCCCACCGGCGGGUUUCGACGGUCGAUCAGGAAAGUAUGCUCUACCAGUAUUUGCGCAGUGUGGCAACUGA